UCCAUAAGUCUGUCGGUCACGUGGUAUCUGUCAUUAUAGUGUCAUUCCCGCGCUCAAUGGUACUCCAUCUAUCGAUGAAUCAAUUCAUUAACGUGAAUGAACGUAAACACUUUGAUUGCACUUACAACAGGAAUUUAUUUUAUAGAAUUGUAUGAAACAUUAAUGAUCAUUUUAUAAAGAGAUAUAUAUAUAUUAUGGCUGAUAAAAUGAACAUGAAGGAGUUUUGCCAAAAGUUACCUAAAGUGGAACUUCAUGCACAUUUGAACGGUUCAUUAAGUGUGAAUACGUUACAAAAAUUACGUGAAAUGCAAUGCUCAAACACUGCUUGUGAUCAAGUUCUUGUGGAUACUACCAAUUUCUCAUCUUUAAGCGAAUGUUUUAAAAUGUUUGAUGUAGCUCAUGCACUGACAAUUACACCACAAGCUGUGUUUGUUGCCACUUGUGAUGUGAUAAAAGAGUUUUACGAGGACAAUGUGAUUUACUUAGAAUUAAGAAGCACACCUCGUGCUGUAAAAGAUUCAAUGACAAAAACAGAGUACCUUCAGGCUAUAAUAGAUGCUAUCGAAUCAUCCAAAUCUGAGUUUCCACAAAUUCUUGUAAAACUGCUAGUAUCAAUUGAUCGAAAACAAGGUUACGAAUCUGCACAAGAAAAUAUAAAUCUUGCUAUACAGUUUAUGAAGAAAUAUCCAGGAUAUGUUGUGGGUAUUGAUCUUAGUGGCGAUCCUACAGCGGGUGAUUCAUUUUUAGAGUUAUUAGAAACAUCUAGGAAAGCAGGCCUUAGAAUUACAGCUCAUUGUGCAGAGGUACCUAAUGAAGUGGAAACAAAUAAUAUAAUAAAAUUUAAACCUGACCGAUUGGGACAUUGUACUUGCAUUCAUCCUAGUUUGCAAGGUUCUCAGCAAUUGUUUGAUACGUUAUUGGAAUCUAAAAUUCCUGUUGAAUUGUGCUUGACAUCAAACAUUAAAUGUAAAACAGUAUCGGCUUAUAUUUCUCAUCAAUUUACAUAUCUAUACAAAACUGGACAUCCUAUAACCAUUGGAACUGACGAUAAAGGUGUUUUUAAUACGUGCUUAUCAGAGGAAUUCGAGAGAUUAAGUUCUAUUUUUUUAAUAGGAAGAAAACAGCUGAAGGAGCUAUCUCUCUUGUCUGUACAAUAUAGUUUUGCAAGUGCAGAAGAAAAGAAAAGUUUAACAGCUGUUAUUGAAAAUUUUGAAUAACAUAUACAUUUCUCUCAUAAGUAUUGUGUGCCAACAUUUUUAUAACGAGUUUUAAUUUAUAUCCUAGAAUAAUAUUCACUUUCAAACUUAUUAAUUAUUAAUAAGAAUAAAAAGAAUAUAUUUUUUCUAUAUCUCAUUAACUCAACAAUAUUUGCUGAUAAUUUUUUAGUGUAAUAUUUCGUAUAUUUUUUAUAUAUUCUUUGAAAUCGCCCAUUAUCUUGUAAUAUAUGAGCAAAAGUGAUACGUAAUGUACGUUUGUAUAUCACUGUAUAAAUCAAAGAAUAAAACUCACAUAUUAUAAUUU